CACAUUAACCUGAAAGCAAAGCGAUUUGGUGUCGAUACCCAGCAUGGAUGUUGUAGGCUGCAUUUCAGUUGCCUCUUAAUUGUCGGUCAAUUGUGUGACACUGUCACUGAUCCUGCAUUAAUGCAAUUAAAAAACAAACAAACAAACAAACAAAAAAACAGAAAUUAACUGCCGUGUCAACCUUUGCGCAACCCUUGAGUUAUGUUGAUUCCUGCAUUGGUCGUUUUUAGUUCAGAGGAUAUCUUUCUUGGAGCAGUUUCCAGCAACAGGAGGAGAAAUAGGAGGGGAACGGCUCAUGUUUAAGAGUCAGCCUGGAGCCAGCAGUCUGCCAGAAGUUAAGGACCAGCUCUUUGACCUCCCUCCCCCUCUCUGUGCGCUCUUGUCCGAACGUGCGGGCCGAUCUUCCCCCUGGGCCGAUCAGCAUGACAAAGCACUGGCCGGAGCAGCGCCUCUUGGCACCACCCGCUCUGCAACACCAUGGAGAACAUCUCGACCAUCAACUUGACUUCCACAGAAAUGUGCGGAGGAGUUUUCCUCUCGGCUGCGUAGCGCGGAGUACUUCGUUCGCCCAACACUGGCCUCACCCCCCGGUUCAGAUGCCUCCCCAGCAGCAGCCGUCGUCGUCGCCGCGCACGGAGAAACCCGGCGCAGCGCGCUCCGGACACAUCAGCAGUGCCACGGGAUCCAUGGAUAAAGCCCUGUCACCUGGCUCCACACACACGGACGCUCGAGAUGACCACUCAAACCAGGAAACUAUUACAGGAGACACAUGGAGCAGUGGACGGGAGAAAAGUAACGCCGGAGCUGGGAAGAAAAAGAACUAUCAGCGGUAUCCAAAACCACCCUACUCGUAUCUUGCAAUGAUUGCAAUGGUCAUCCAAAGGUCCCCAGAGAAGAAACUGACGUUAUCAGAGAUACUCCAGGAGAUCAGUGCCCUCUUCCCGUUUUUUAAAGGAAACUACAAAGGUUGGCGGGAUUCUGUGCGGCACAACCUCUCCUCCUAUGACUGCUUUGUGAAGGUGUUGAAGGACCCCAGCAAACCUCAGGGUAAAGGCAACUUCUGGACGGUGGAGUUGAGCCGCGUUCCCCUGGAGCUCCUCAAGAGGCAGAACACGCCCGUGUCACGCCAGGACGAGACGGUCUUCGCCCAGGAUCUCGCCCCCUACAUCCUGCAGGGAUACAAGCCCGAGUCUGAGGCGCCUCCCGACCCCGUCACCGUCACCACGCUCCCCCUCGGCCGCUCCGGGAAUCCACCCCCGCCGCAGGAGGACUUGUUCAGGCCCAAGCUGGACUCGUCCUUCGCCAUCGACUCUCUGCUGCACAGCCUGAGGCCGACCAGCGCCUCAGGGGAGGCGGACGCGUCCGGCAGGGACUGCUGGGGCGAGGCGGAGCGGCCCCAGCCCUCGGCGACUCACCGGCCCCGUUACGCCUCCUCCGCCCGCAGCGCCUCCGCCAGCUCCGUGAGCCCGGCCUCCACCUCCUCCUCCUCUUCCUCCUCCUCCUCUUCCUCCGACGAGGAGUGGAAAGGAAUGUCUCUCUCCGGGAAGCGGGUUCCUCCGGACGGAGAAGCGGGCUCAGACGGCUACGAGGACUACAGGCCGCCGCUGCACAAGUCAGCAAGACGGGAGGCGGUCGCGCCCCCGUGGGAGCUGCCGACCUCCUACGCCAAAUACGCGCCCCCGAACGCGGUCGCCCCGCCCAGCAUGAGGUUCAGCGGCGGCCCCCUGAUGUCGCUGCACGGCGGACUGCCCUUCUACGGAUACGGCGGCUCUCACGUGGCGCCCGGCCACUUCCUGGGCCACGCCUACUGGCCCAUUCUCCCCAACGGACGGGUCUCGGUUCAAGCCCCUCCUCUCAUCAUGGACCUGGACAACAUGCUACAGUCGGUGCCUCCAAAUAAGAGCGUGUUCGACGUGUUGGUACCAGCCAAUCAGAACUCACAUCACCAAGCACCCAGUCAGUACACGCUGCAGCACGGGGCUCCUCUGGACCGGUACCAUCAGUACUGACUGAGCAAACCGCUACCACACAGGGCGGGAGGGUAAACCAGGAUCCUGUAGGAGUCUGAAUCCGGACCCAUCAGGUGGAUUCAUUUGUGUUACACAGAUUUACUGAAGCAAAACUACCUCCACGAAAAACGAAACUAUACAACAAAACACGUAUCUACCUCAGGCUUUCAGUGGAAUCGAGUGUGUAAUUACUUCAAGCCCUUUGCACUGCCAAUCUUGUUUGCACUCUUUUUUGUUAUCGCCAACUUGUGAAUGUUUUCUACCCACGACGACCGCUGAAUGUAUUGUUUAUAGUAAAUUUCAAUUAUUCGUAUAGUUUUUCCUUCCAUUCGAGGACAAUUAGGUAUAAAAAAAAAAGAAAAAGUAAAUGAUAUCAGAGAGUGUGAGUGUGUGUGUGCAGACGUCUUAAAGGCCAUUUGUUCCCGUCCCGGUGACAGAUUCCUCUUCAACCAGAGGGAAAACCAAAUAAUCCCAUCACGCGAACUCACUUCUAAACCAUCCGUGCACAGCCUGGCAACUAGGAUUUAUUUUUAUUGUAUUUUUUUUUAAAUAUGAGCCAAUACUUCACACCUACCUCAGACCAGGACGUGUCUCCCGUAGACUUUGCACUGCUGGUUCUUUGCACUAUUUUUAGCGUCACGAUUCAUACGUUGGCAGGUGAAUGUCUCGUCAGAUUUCUUGUCAUUUUUCCUGUGGUCUUGUUUAAAGUUUUGUACAGAAAGGUCUCAGCUGAACAGGGUACGAAAUAAAACGCUGUUUAUUUUAA